UACAAUUACGGCCCACCCAGUCUGUGAUUGUUUUCCUUUUGUACUCACUGCUGUUGGAAUCAGACCCGAACGAAAGGAGAGAAGAAGAAUAGAGGAUGGCCUUCCUACUGAACAGAACCUCCAUUGCUUCGCACUUCCGAUCCCGUUCUCCGCUCGAGUCAGAGGACGCGCUUGCUCUGUCCCGUCGUGGAUUUCACAUCGGACCAGGGCCUCGUGAGAAAGCUCUCUUGGCAGAGGACCCUUCACUUAAGCGGUUCAAAUCUCAUAAAAAGACUGUGUGGAGACUGAAAAGAGUUGGUGAUGUCGUCACUGUCAUUGUUGUAGCAGGAUGUUGCUAUGAAAUCUACGUUAAGGCACUAAUGCGAGAAGAAGCUAGGAAACAGGCAACAACUGCGAGUGGAAGUUCAUAAUGAAGUUUAUAACUUUUUGAUGUUUCAUUUCUCUCUUUUGGCAACAACCAUACAUGGUUUUGCAUCAAAAUUAAUAAGUAGAACACAUGUUAUGAAAUGCUUGAACUUGAAAGCUUUUGUUCUUCUGAUCUCUGUUGAAAUUUAAUGAAAUAAUUUUUCCGAAUGUUAUAGCUAUAUGAGGUGGGGAUGUAUGCCUUUGCUUCUCAAACU